GUAAAAGAGGAUAACAUUAUUUAACAACGCCGGAGCAUGAAAAGUGGCACCACAGCACUCACGUCUGACUGGCACACAUCAACCAGACCAAGGGCGACGGUGCAUUCUUUGAUCAGCCACUAUGAACAUAUACCCAGUCAACAAUACAGAAAACAAAAAUGAUAUGAAGGCAGGUACCUAUGCAGGACUUGGGAAGGGAUUGGAGACCAUCGCUCCUCUGGUCAGCUCUGUCGAGGAGACCCCUGAUCCAAUCCCUGCUGAGAUACACGGUACGAUUCCCCGCUGGAUCAAUGGCAGCCUGCUCCGAAACGGACCGGCAAAGUUUGAAUUUGGAGACACCCACUACAACCACUGGUUUGAUGGGAUGGCCAUGCUCCACAAGUUCAAGAUGGAGAAAGGCCAGGUGACGUACACCAGUCGCUUCCUGCGCAGUGACGCCUACAAGAAAAAUAGCGAGAAGGACCGCAUCAUGGUGUCAGAAAUUGGUACUGUCAGCAUGUCCGACCCUUGUAAAAACAUCUUCCAGCGAUUCUUCUCUCACUUUGACAUGAUAAAGCCAACAGACAACGGCAACGUCAACAUUGUGAAAUACAAGGGCGACUACUAUCUCAGCACGGAAACCAACUUAAUGCACAGAGUGAACCCAGAGAACCUAGAAACGCUGGAACAGGUUGACUGGAGCGCGUUUGUUGCCGUCAACGCAGCUUCUGCCCACCCUCACUACGAUCCUGAUGGUACCAGCUUCAAUAUGGGCAACUCCUAUGGAAGAAAAGGAGCAAUAUACAACAUAAUUUCCGUACCUCCUGAGAAGUUGCACGCCGACGACACCCUGCAAGGCGCCAAAAUUCUGUGUUCCAUCACUCCGGCAAACAAGGCCCAUCCUUCCUACUACCAUAGUUUCGCCAUGUCGGAGAACUAUUUAGUGUUUAUUGAGCAGCCGGUUAAAAUUGACCUGAUGAAGAUACUGACAUGUGUGAUGAGGGGUAAGGCACUGUGCGAUGCCGUUUAUUGGGACCCCAAGGUCAACACCAUCAUGCACCUCAUCAACAAGCGUACGGGCAAGGUCAGCCCAAUGAAGUACUAUGCCAAAGCUUUCGCCAACUUCCAUCAGAUCAACGCCUUCGAAGAGGAUGGAUUCUUGAUGAUGGACCUGUGUUGCUUUGACGACGGCCAAGCACUUGACAUCUACUUCCUUCAGAAUCUGCGCAAAUCGGGAGAAGCACUCGAUGAGGUGUACAACAGUAUGAGCAGAGCUCUUCCUCGUCGUUUUGUUUUACCCCUUCAUGUGACUGAUGACACACCAACUGACCAAAACCUGAACACUCGUCCUUCCAGUUCGGCAAGUUGCUUCAAAACCAGCAGCACUAUGGUGUUCUGCCAACCCGAGGAUCUCCAUGGCGAUGACCUCUACCAAUACGGUGGCCUGGAAUUCCCUCACAUCAACUACGAGCGAUACAACACGCGACCUUAUCGGUAUUUCUACGGCUGCGGCUUCAGACACCUGUUCGCCGAUUCGCUUCUCAAGAUGGACCUCAACGACAAGACGUUUAAGGUGUGGCACCAGAAGGGUCUCUUUCCGUCAGAGCCGGUGUUUGUGCCGUCACCAGACGCCACGGAGGAGGACGACGGCGUCAUCCUCUCUGUGGUUCUCUCGCCCUCACAGAAUAAAAGCACAUUCCUCCUGGUUUUGAACGCCAAGACGUUUGAGGAGUUGGGAAGAGCCAACGUGCCGGUCAACAUGCCCUACGACUUCCACGGUGUCUUCAGCGCAUCCACUUGAAUUAGUUGGUUGAUGUUACUCAUGAUUUCAAUACGGUAAUCAUAUUAACGAUAAUGCAAAAGCACGAAGUAAGUACGAUGACUUAUAAAUGUUAUAAUGACGAUACUGAAAUGAUUUGCUACUGUAGGCUUUGAGAGAUACUGCACUGUUGCCUACUGGAGGUAGAUGAAUACAAAUGAUAGAGUCCAGGUUUUUUUUUUUGUUCUUCUUGGAUUAGUUGCCUGUACGCAACUUUUGUAUAAGCAUAACAUUGAUAAGCCUCACCCAGAUAGUGCAAUGAAAAGCUUCUUCAUAUAAAUGUGCUUUGAAAUCAAUAUCAUUUGGGGUCUCCCCCCACCCCCCCUUUUUUUCCCCUCAAUCUUUUCUAUAAAAUUCUGAAUCCAUUGAAAACUGUGUACUUGCACUUUAUUUGCACACACAGAGGAAGUAUUCUACGAAUAAGCAAAAAUAUUGCUUAUUCCAGCGCUCCAUGCUAUUUCAUUGAAUGAUUCGAUGUUGUAUUUUGAACAUGCAGCAAAAAAAAAAGAAUAAUUCAGUCAAAAUUUCCAUAUUGAAACACCUUGUGCUACCACUUAAUUUUCAUUAACUCGGAAUUUUAAGGGAAAGCAAUCCAGUCACGUGAAUGAAGUACACCAUGUGACUAAACCAGUCGCAGUGGCGGCUGAGGCGGAAUGCGUUUGAAAGCAUCCGCUCGUGGUGUCUCAUUUCGGUGCCAUAGCAACCAUGCCAUGCCCCACUGGAUUAUGUAAGGUCAUUGUGUUAUGUAACCACGCCGCAUCUUGCUGCGCCACUCCACUUGCGUCUGGCUACGAGUGACACGCUCUUCGUUUACCGACGCGGACAUGGCCCCCGUCAGUAAGGCAGAAGAUGCCCAAAAUGAGGUGAAGAAAGUUGAGGAGAAGAAAGCUGAGGUGAAGAAGGGUGAGGAGAAGAAGGCUGAGGAGAAGAAGGGUGAGGAGAAGAAGGGUGAGGAGGAGAAGGGUGAGGUGAAGAAGGGUGAGGAGAAGAAGGGUGAGGUGAAGAAGGGUGAGGAGGAGAAGGGUGAGGUGAAGAAGGGUGAGAAGAAGAAGGGUGAGAAGAAGAAAGGUGAGGAGAAGAAAGGUGAGGAAAAGAAAGGUGAGAAGAAGAAAGGUGAGGAGAAGAAAGUUGAGGAAAAGAAAGUUGAGGAGAAGAAAGCUGAGGCGAAGAAAGGUGAGGAGAAGAAAGGUAACACGA